AUGACCACACCCUCACCGCCAUCCUCUGAACCAAGCGACGAUGCUGAGAAGCAGAUGUCGCAAAGGGCGAAUGGCGUCGCCGACCAAGAUAAAGUCAGUUUUGAAAAGAAUGAAAACGACGAGGAAAAGUAUCCGGGAAAAUAUGCAGAGAGCCCUGCCACCGUCUCGCCAUCGGCGGGCAACGGCGGCGACCCCGACACAUCACCUGACGGCACAGAUUCGAGAGCCGACCAGGAACCCGAAAACCUCGUGGACCGGGUCCUAAGUCGAGUAACAACGCGAUCCAGCAUUGGACCAGGCCCACCUCCCGAUGGAGGCGUCAAAGCAUGGCUAGCAAGAACACCUGGUAAGCCUGAAUCAGACUCAGUCACAAGCUGUCUUAUCCUCAUAGCUCACAGGGGUAUUGUCAACUCGUACGGCGUGUUCCAACCUUACUACACAACUACCCUCUCACGCCCGCCAUCCGACAUCGCCUGGAUUGGCUCUUUCGAGGUCUUUCUGCUCUUCUUUGUCGGCACCUUCACUGGUCGGCUCACUGAUGCGGGCUAUUUUCGGUCUCUGUUCUUCGCUGGCUUCCUUCUGGUUGUGCUAGGCAUGGUAGCCACCUCGUUCUGUACACAGUACUGGCAGUUCUUCCUCGCUCAAGGCAUCUGCAUGGGCCUUGGCAAUGGCUUCCUUUUCUGCCCAAGUCUCUCCACCGCUUCGACCUACUUUGACAGGAAAAAAGCGCUGGCACUGGGCUUCGUAUCAAUCGGAAGCUCAACAGGAGGGAUGAUUUAUCCUAGCAUGGUGAGGCAGCUGCUUCCCAAAAUCGGCUUCGGAUGGACUAUUCGGGCCAUUGCUCUUGUGCAGUUGGUGACACUGCUCGUUACGGCGCUCGUCCUGAAGCCCAGGAUCAAGCCGAGAAAGGCAGGAAGUCUGGUUGAAUGGGCGGCUUUCAAAGAGCUGGAAUACACUUUCUACGCCGUCGGUUCGUUUCUGAAUUACUUGGGUGUGUUCUUUGCAUCAUAUUACAUAGCUUCCUACUCCCGCGACAUCAUCGGGCUAAGCUACACUUCAUCGCUCAACCUUCUCCUACUGCUAAACGGCACCGGCGUUCCAGGAAGACUCAUACCAGCCUACUUCGCCUCCUACUACGUAGGCACUGUCAACAUGUAUAUCCCCAUGUCUUUCAUUUCUGGUCUCAUGAUGCUAUGCUGGCCUGCCGUAUCUUCCAUAACUGGUCUGUACGUGUGGACCACGUUCUACGGAUUCUUCACAGGUGCAAUCCAGAGCCUUAUGCCGUCAGGCAUUGGCACGCUGACGGCGGACCCGAGAAAACAGGGUACCAGAAUGGGCAUGACUUUCACCAUCAUCAGCUUCGCGGUGCUGAUUGGCCAACCUAUCGCUGGUGCGAUUAUCUCAGCUCAGAGUGGCAGUUACGUCGGCGCGCAGGUAUUCGCAGGAGUUUGCAUGCUUGCCGGCAUGUGCUUCCUUAUCGCUGCCAGGAUGGCCAGAGCAAAGAAAUCUGGGAACUUAUUAUGGACAAAGGUCUAG